GAAAAUACAAACAUUACAUGACAGAUACAUAACCUAAGAAACUUAUCAAACUGAAAUUCAUUACGUAAUUUAUAUCAAAUAAUAUAAAUAACUGGGAGGAAAAUAUUUGUUAGUAUCCCGUACUGCAUUUGCUAGUUAAUACUGUCGGAAUCAUGGCUAUAAACUCAAACGAUCUUGUUCAAGUGAAUAAUGUUAUCAUAAACACUGGAAAUAUCUUAUCAUUAAACGAUAUUACUAAAAAAACUAUACAAAAUCCUUCAGAGGAGUUGCUUGAAGCCAUCAAUAUCACUAUCAAGGAAUAUCAAAAUGGUCGAACACCUUCUCAACCAGAUCAACCUUUAAUUGUGAGUCGUCCUAAUGACGACUCAAUGACCAAAAUAUCAGAACAUGAUUCCUCCGAUCUCAAAUUUGGAUUUAAAAUAUUCUUGACAUCAGAUGAUCCUGUCCUGCUGAUUGAUUCUAUAGAAAAGGCAUUGAUUACGUUGAAUGUGACAUCCGUUAACAAUGUGAUCAUUGCAUUCAUCGAAAAAAGGACAGAUAUAGGGGAAAUAAAGUCUGUGUGGACAGCACUUGAGGAUUAUGUGCUUCAGAACAAAAUUAACAAAAUUGGGAUAGCAGAUGUGGAAGAAGAAAUUUUCAGAAGCUUAUACGAAUGGGCCAGUGUCAAACCAAGUAUUGUACAAAUAAAUCUAGCAACUUGCUGUGUGGUCCCCCCUACAUUACAAGGAUUUUGUAAGGAACAUGAUAUUCAAUUGUUGACUCAUAGUGAUCCUACAGAUAUUUUGCCUAAAUCUUCUCUAGAUGUAGUUCUUGGGAAGGAAUAUUUGCUCAAAUGGGUUGUCAGAUUCUUGGUUCACAUAAAAUGUAGAGGAGUAUUAACCACUAAGGGAUAUCUGUUGAGUCUUGGUAAAUAACUACAUUCCAAUUGUGAAAUGCAUUUAUUUUUUUUACCUUUUUAAUUGUUCAUUUUAUUGUAUUGAUAACUGAUCAAAGAAAACUUUUGUUGGGCUUUAAUACCAAUCUUUUACACUAAAAAAUUGUAUUUAUUAUAGUAUGAGAAGUGUAUGACUUUUGUCAACAUUGAUUUUAUUAUUGUUUUUGUUGAAUUUCCUCAAAAUUUUAAUGCGUCAUUGUUUUUGCAAUAUCUUGGGAUUGUACUUAUUUGAUAUAACAGUAAUUUUUGUCUGUUUUCAUCCAGUAGUAUUAUAUGUUUACAUAUA